AUGAGGGAGGGAACAGAGGGAACUCGGGAGACAGAGGAAGGGGAAGGGGGGCUGGAAGAGCAAGAGGAGCAAGGGGCCACGGAGGAAGACGGGGUGGAGGAGGAAGAGGGGAACAAUGGAGGUGUUAUAACUGUCAACAGCCUGGCCACAUUUCAAGAAAUUGCCCCCAGAACAGGGGUGCUGUGGGUGGCUAUGAUGAAGCUGAGGACAGUGAUGCCUACUAUCCUCCACCACCACAUGUGACAGCAUCUAAGUGAUAGAAAGCAUGCAAAUAUGCAACCGGUUUAUUUUUGUCCCCAUGUUUUUGUGUCAGUACUGAUGUCAUAUAUCCCUCUCUACAAUCCACAGUUUGAGUAAAUGGUCUAUCAUAUCUAGGAAAUGCCAGCACCGUUGAAGAGGUCAAUAAUUGCAUAAUUUCCUCAAAUUGCAAAUCAGCCUCGUUAUUCCAAAUUAUUUGAUAAUGUGCUGCCAUAGCUUUUCCAUAGAUAAGAUCACUCAAUUUUCCAGUGUGUAAUGCAUAAUGGGGAAUCCAUGCUCGACAGUAAUUAAUCAUUCCCCAAAAAGCUCAUCAUUUGUUUCUUAUUCAGAGGUUUAGGAGCUUCUAAUAUUGCCGUUUUUCUUGACGAGUUUAGGGUUCUCCCAUCCUGCGUUAUCGUGUGACCUAAAUAAAUUAAAUCUUUCUGCCAGAGAUGUAGUUUCUUUUUACUGACCUUGUGUCCUUGUCCUGCCAUAAAGGUUAACAACUGGAGAGUAUCAUUUUUACACCCCUCCUCUGAGGGGUUUGCUACCAGUAUAUCAUCAAUGUAUAUCAAUGUCGUGUAUUGGGAUUAUGCCUUUGUUAAAUGUUUUUCUUGAAGAAAUGGAAUGUUGUUUAUGUUAGGUCAAAUGUAGCCGUUUGGAGGGUGACGUCCCAGGGGAAACUGGUGAUUGGCCAGAAGAGGGAGCCCAUCUUUUUGCAUUGUUUAUAAGUAGGGGUUAAACGAAGAAGAGAGGCAGAGCGGCCAUUCUGGGGCGUCGCUCUCCAGACACCGCGGGUCUGUAACUUAUGCUGUAACCUUGUGAUAUUAAUAAAAGCCUCUAAUCAUUGUGCAGCCUAAGCGGACUCUUUGUUGACAGCAAUAAUUGCCACCAUUCACCCGAUAUGACAAAUGGCGCCCAACGUAACAUAAACAACAUUCCAUUUCUUCAAGAAAAACAUUUAACAAAGGCAUAAUCCCAAUACACGACAUCAACAUUUGCUCCCAUCUUGGGGUUCGAACAUUCCCAUAUUCAUACGACUUUCAUAUCACAUUCACACAACACCUGGAAUCACCCCUUUCUGUUUAUGUAGUAGUGGUCUAUUGACUGUCUCACCUUUAGUGGUCUAUUGACUGUCUCACCUUUAGUUUAUUUUGGUAAUGGCCUAUUACCGUGAAUCGUUACGGACCCACCAACAUUUCACUAAUGAAUAAAGACUACUGACCUUAUCCUUGCAGCUGAGAUUCAAUGUAGGUUGGAUUCCAUCACCGUCUCUGUCAUUAUCAGGUGUUCUCUGGCCUGUGUUAUAGUCUCCCGAGUGGCGGAGUGGUCUAAGGCACUGCAUCGCAGUGCUAGCUGUGCCACGAGAUCCUGGUUCGAAUCCAGGCUCUGUCGUAGCCGGCCAUGACCGGGAGACCCAUGGGGCGGCGCACAAUUGGCCCAGCGUUGUCAGCGUUGAUACGAAUGUAUCAUUCGCCCGUCGACAGUUUUCAGAGUUACCUGGAAUGACAGAGGCAGGUAUUGGAAUCCCGCUCGAAAGGACCAAGCUGUUAAGAUAAUUUAUUAACUAACUAUUUCAGUGUCUCUGUGCGUCUCCCAAAAAGUUGUAAGGCUUUUGGAUCAAGAAACGGGCAGAGCCUCAGUUCAAUAGCCAGGUCUUUAUUCUGAGAAUUCUGUUAUCACAAUUUCAGAGUCCAUCUUUUAUACACAUACGUCAUACUAAAAUCCCACCCCGCUUUAGGCGGGCUGUAUUUUUCCACUGUACAUGGGUUUAGCUCAUGUUUUCCUCUGCUCUCCUGACCAUCAGGUCACACACAUAUGUUCUUAUCAUAGUUUACUCCCUGCAUUCCUCAGUUAUCACCGUUCUCACAAUAUUCUGACUGCCUCAUUGUACUUCUAACUAAGCUACACAUAUUAUCAGAUUAUAGUCUUAUGAUUCUAACACUUUUCACACAGUUUCAGGGUGUAAUAAUUAGUCAUCAAUAAUUAGUCAUUACCAAAUUCUUCUAUCAAGAUGACACCGGAAUUGGUCGAUCAGGGCCCGCUCGUUCCACCUGGACCCCGCUGCCAGCGUCCGAAACUCCAUCGCGAAGUCAUGCGCGGUCCUUGUCCCCUGCCUCAGGUGGACCAGCCGCUCGCCCGCCUCUCGACCCUCGGGCGGGUGAUCGAAGACUGACCGAAAGAGGCGAGCGAACUCCCCGUAGUCCUCCAACGCGGCUCCUCCUUCGUUCCACACCGCGUUGGUCCACUCCAGGGCUUUCCCACAGAGGCAGGAAACGAGGAUGGACACCUUCUCCCGCUCCAAUGGCGCUGGCCUGAUGCUGGAGAAGUAAAGCUCCAGCUGGAGGAGGAAUCCUUGGCAGAGCACCGCUGUCCCAUCAAACUCCCAUGGCCGGGAUAUAUGGAUCCCUCCGGGUGCUGGGGUGUAGGUGGCUGUAUCCGGUUGGCCAUCUGGUCUCGACAGAUCGGGUCCUCUCCUCACUUCCCCCAAGCUGGCCAGCAUCGUGGAAUGCUCCUGGACCCGUGCCACGACUCCAGGCAUGUGGUCUUCUCCUGCUGACUCCAUAUCUUCAGGUGAGUGAUUCUGUGAUGAGUGAUGGAAGGAGUCAGGCGCAGGAGUGUAAUCACCAAAACAGAGUUUAUUCCGUCCAGACACACAAAUGCGUUGUAAAGCGACAACCGAAACAGGCACAGGGGAAACUCACUUCCCUGACAACACACUGUAACGGUUGAAUACAACAAUAUAUAGGCACAGGGGAAAAUCUACCCUGGCAAACAAAAUGGUAUGAGGAGCUCGACCGAGCUACACUACUCCCACAAUGAAACAAUCACUCACAAGGACAAGGGGGCAGAGGGAACACUUAUACACAGACUAAUUAGGGGAUACGAACCAGGUGUGUGUGAUUGACAAGUCAAAUGUAAUGAUGAUAAUUGGGGGCGGCAGUGGCUAGUAAGCCGGUGACGAUGAACGCCGAAGCCUGCCCGAACAAGGAGGGGAGGCAGCCUCGGCUGAUGUCGUGACACAUACAUAGAUGACUGGUAGGGGUACGGCCUUUUGUUUUGUUUGUUUAGUUUUUCCUUUUGUUGUAAUAGUUAGUUUCCUUUUGUAUCUUUACUGUGCGGUAAGUUCGGGGGGGUGUUCGCGCCCCUUUUGUUGCGUUGCGGCCUUGUUCUAGAAUGGAUUAGGUUGUUUUUUUCCCUUGCCGUCUGCACGCGGUACCCAAUAGUGGCAGGGCAGGGGGCAGGUUUGGGGAGCUGUUUUCACAUUGUCAUUGUGGGGUGUUGUGUGUGGAUUGAUGAGGAAGGUGGUACCAAAUUGUGGUGGAUAUUAUAUAAUAAGGAUCUGCUGGAGUCCAAGUCAAACCCAGAUUCUUUAUUUCUGAGCUCAGAGAGAAUAAGAGAGUUACACAGCGCAGUGUAGACAGUCUGAAUUCCGAAGCAUUGGGUGAUAAGCACAUAUCUUUAAGGUCCCUGUUUUUGGGCGGGACCUUAUCUAUACAAGGACGCAGUUGCAAGCUGGUUUGCAACACAGGAUGAUACUCCCACCAACAGCAGAUUAUAAUAGGACAGUGUCACACAGUUUCACAAAGUUAGUCACACACUCAGUUACUGUAUGUGGACACAUACAGUACAAUACAAUGCAAAUGUCCCAUUACAAUAGUCAAAGCAACCCUGCGAGUUUGCGAGUUAUACAGUGGGGGAAAAAAGUAUUUAGUCAGCCACCAAUUGUGCAAGUUCUCCCACUUAAAAAGAUGAGAGAGGCCUGUAAUUUUCAUCAUAGGUACACGUCAACUAUGACAGACAAAUUGAGGAAAAAAAUUCCAGAAAAUCCCAUUGUAGGAUUUUUUAUGAAUUUAAUUGCAAAUUAUGGUGGAAAAUAGGUAUUUGGUCACCUACAAACAAGCAAGAUUUCUGGCUCUCACAGACCUGUAACUUCAUCUUUAAGAGGCUCCUCUGUCCUCCACUCGUUACCUGUAUUAAUGGCACCUGUUUGAACUUGUUAUCAGUAUAAAAGACACCUGUCCACAACCUCAAACAGUCACACUCCAAACUCCACUAUGGCCAAGACCAAAGAGCUGUCAAAGGACACCAAAAACAAAAUUGUAGACCUGCACCAGGCUGGGAAGACUGAAUCUGCAAUAGGUAAGCAGCUUGGUUUGAAGAAAUCAACUGUGGGAGCAAUUAUUAGGAAAUGGAAGACAUACAAGACCACUGAUAAUCUCCCUCGAUCUGGGGCUCCACGCAAGAUCUCACCCGAACAGAACAAGGGUGCUGUGGGUGGCUAUGAUGAAGCUGAGGACAGUGAUGCCUACUAUCCUCCACCACCACAUGUGACAGCAUCUAAGUGAUAGAAAGCAUGCAAAUAUGCAACCGGUUUAUUUUUGUCCCCAUGUUUUUGUGUCAGUACUGAUGUCAUAUAUCCCUCUCUACAAUCCACAGUUUGAGUAAAUGGUCUAUCAUAUCUAGGAAAUGCCAGCACCGUUGAAGAGGUCAAUAAUUGCAUAAUUUCCUCAAAUUGCAAAUCAGCCUCGUUAUUCCAAAUUAUUUGAUAAUGUGCUGCCAUAGCUUUUCCAUAGAUAAGAUCACUCAAUUUUCCAGUGUGUAAUGCAUAAUGGGGAAUCCAUGCUCGACAGUAAUUAAUCAUUCCCCAAAAAGCUCAUCAUUUGUUUCUUAUUCAGAGGUUUAGGAGCUUCUAAUAUUGCAGUUUUUCUUGACGAGUUUAGGGUUCUCCCAUCCUGCGUUAUCGUGUGACCUAAAUAAAUUAAAUCUUUCUGCCAGAGAUGUAGUUUCUUUUUACUGACCUUGUGUCCUUGUCCUGCCAUAAAGGUUAACAACUGGAGAGUCUCCUUUUUACACCCCUCCUCUGAUGGGUUUGCUACCAGUAUAUCAUCAAUGUAUAUCAAUGUCGUGUAUUGGGAUUAUGCCUUUGUUAAAUGUUUUUCUUGAAGAAAUGGAAUGUUGUUUAUGUUAGGUCAAAUGUAGCCGUUUGGAGGGUGACGUCCCAGGGGAAACUGGUGAUUGGCCAGAAGAGGGAGCCCAUCUUUUUGCAUUGUUUAUAAGUAGGGGUUAAACGAAGAAGAGAGGCAGAGCGGCCAUUCUGGGGCGUCGCUCUCCAGACACCGCGGGUCUGUAACUUAUGCUGUAACCUUGUGAUAUUAAUAAAAGCCUCUAAUCAUUGUGCAGCCUAAGCGGACUCUUUGUUGACAGCAAUAAUUGCCACCAUUCACCCGAUAUGACAAAUGGCGCCCAACGUAACAUAAACAACAUUCCAUUUCUUCAAGAAAAACAUUUAACAAAGGCAUAAUCCCAAUACACGACAUCAACAUUUGCUCCCAUCUUGGGGUUCGAACAUUCCCAUAUUCAUACGACUUUCAUAUCACAUUCACACAACACCUGGAAUCACCCCUUUCUGUUUAUGUAGUAGUGGUCUAUUGACUGUCUCACCUUUAGUGGUCUAUUGACUGUCUCACCUUUAGUUUAUUUUGGUAAUGGCCUAUUACCGUGAAUCGUUACGGACCCACCAACAUUUCACUAAUGAAUAAAGACUACUGACCUUAUCCUUGCAGCUGAGAUUCAAUGUAGGUUGGAUUCCAUCACCGUCUCUGUCAUUAUCAGGUGUUCUCUGGCCUGUGUUAUAGUCUCCCGAGUGGCGGAGUGGUCUAAGGCACUGCAUCGCAGUGCUAGCUGUGCCACGAGAUCCUGGUUCGAAUCCAGGCUCUGUCGUAGCCGGCCAUGACCGGGAGACCCAUGGGGCGGCGCACAAUUGGCCCAGCGUUGUCAGCGUUGAUACGAAUGUAUCAUUCGCCCGUCGACAGUUUUCAGAGUUACCUGGAAUGACAGAGGCAGGUAUUGGAAUCCCGCUCGAAAGGACCAAGCUGUUAAGAUAAUUUAUUAACUAACUAUUUCAGUGUCUCUGUGCGUCUCCCAAAAAGUUGUAAGGCUUUUGGAUCAAGAAACGGGCAGAGCCUCAGUUCAAUAGCCAGGUCUUUAUUCUGAGAAUUCUGUUAUCACAAUUUCAGAGUCCAUCUUUUAUACACAUACGUCAUACUAAAAUCCCACCCCGCUUUAGGCGGGCUGUAUUUUUCCACUGUACAUGGGUUUAGCUCAUGUUUUCCUCUGCUCUCCUGACCAUCAGGUCACACACAUAUGUUCUUAUCAUAGUUUACUCCCUGCAUUCCUCAGUUAUCACCGUUCUCACAAUAUUCUGACUGCCUCAUUGUACUUCUAACUAAGCUACACAUAUUAUCAGAUUAUAGUCUUAUGAUUCUAACACUUUUCACACAGUUUCAGGGUGUAAUAAUUAGUCAUUACCAAAUUCUUCUAUCAAGAUGACACCGGAAUUGGUCGAUCAGGGCCCGCUCGUUCCACCCGGACCCCGCUGCCAGCGUCCGAAACUCCAUCGCGAAGUCAUGCGCGGUCCUUGUCCCCUGCCUCAGGUGGACCAGCCGCUCGCCCGCCUCUCGACCCUCGGGCGGGUGAUCGAAGACUGACCGAAAGAGGCGAGCGAACUCCCCGUAGUCCUCCAACGCGGCUCCUCCUUCGUUCCACACCGCGUUGGUCCACUCCAGGGCUUUCCCACAGAGGCAGGAAACGAGGAUGGACACCUUCUCCCGCUCCAAUGGCGCUGGCCUGAUGCUGGAGAAGUAAAGCUCCAGCUGGAGGAGGAAUCCUUGGCAGAGCACCGCUGUCCCAUCAAACUCCCAUGGCCGGGAUAAAUGGAUCCCUCCGGGUGCUGGGGUGUAGGUGGCUGUAUCCGGUUGGCCAUCUGGUCUCGACAGAUCGGGUCCUCUCCUCACUUCCCCCAAGCUGGCCAGCAUCGUGGAAUGCUCCUGGACCCGUGCCACGACUCCAGGCAUGCGGUCUUCUCCUGCUGACUCCAUAUCUUCAGGUGAGUGAUUCUGUGAUGAGUGAUGGAAGGAGUCAGGCGCAGGAGUGUAAUCACCAAAACAGAGUUUAUUCCGUCCAGACACACAAAUGCGUUGUAAAGCGACAACCGAAACAGGCACAGGGGAAACUCACUUCCCUGACAACACACUGUAACGGUUGAAUACAACAAUAUAUAGGCACAGGGGAAAAUCUACCCUGGCAAACAAAAUGGUAUGAGGAGCUCGACCGAGCUACACUACUCCCACAAUGAAACAAUCACUCACAAGGACAAGGGGGCAGAGGGAACACUUAUACACAGACUAAUUAGGGGAUACGAACCAGGUGUGUGUGAUUGACAAGUCAAAUGUAAUGAUGAUAAUUGGGGGCGGCAGUGGCUAGUAAGCCGGUGACGAUGAACGCCGAAGCCUGCCCGAACAAGGAGGGGAGGCAGCCUCGGCUGAUGUCGUGACACAUACAUAGAUGACUGGUAGGGGUACAGCCUUUUGUUUUGUUUGUUUAGUUUUUCCUUUUGUUCUAAUAGUUAGUUUCCUUUUGUAUCUUUACUGUGCGGUAAGUUCGGGGGGGUGUUCGCGCCCCUUGACUUUUUCCGCAUUUUGUUGCGUUGCGGCCUUGUUCUAGAAUGGAUUAGGUUGUUUUUUUCCCUUGCCGUCUGCACGCGGUACCCAAUAGUGGCAGGGCAGGGGGCAGGUUUGGGGAGCUGUUUUCACAUUGUCAUUGUGGGGUGUUGUGUGUGGAUUGAUGAGGAAGGUGGUACCAAAUUGUGGUGGAUAUUAUAUAAUAAGGAUCUGCUGGAGUCCAAGUCAAACCCAGAUUCUUUAUUUCUGAGCUCAGAGAGAAUAAGAGAGUUACACAGCGCAGUGUAGACAGUCUGAAUUUCGAAGCAUUGGGUGAUAAGCACAUAUCUUUAAGGUCCCUGUUUUUGGGCAGGACCUUAUCUAUACAAGGACGCAGUUGCAAGCUGGUUUGCAACACAGGAUGAUACUCCCACCAACAGCAGAUUAUAAUAGGACAGUGUCACACAGUUUCACAAAGUUAGUCACACACUCAGUUACUGUAUGUGGACACAUACAGUACAAUACAAUGCAAAUGUCCCAUUACAAUAGUCAAAGCAACCUUUGAGCUAUCCCAUGAGUGUUUGCGGGUUAUAUGACGUAUCAGAUCUGAUGUAAGAGAAUGAUGAACAACAGGAAUAGACUCGCCCAUCCAAACAUUUCCAUAAAUUUGCCUGUCAUCGCUUGGUCUGUCCAUUUGGAAUCACUGUUACGGAACUAUCAGACCUAGAACUUUUGGAUCCCAGGGCAAAUAUGAGUGAAAUCAAACCUACCGAUCCAGCAGCCACUAACGCUGGAGAUGAAAAGGACUGUUCAGCAGCAAAAGUAAGUAAUACAUUUAUACAUUUGCAGCUGUUGUUUACCUUUUGCCAAUAAAAUCAUUGUCUUUACAUGUACAAUUUUGGUAAUUUCUUUCAUUAAAACUUUUGCUUCAUAAUCUUGUUUUCCAAAUAGCCCAAACCACAAAAUGCCGUUACAAUCGCCGUCUCCUCUCGCACCUUGUUCAACAUGGUUGCGGAGCAGAAUAUCUAUGAGGAAGAGGGAGUCGAGAACUAUGUUACCUAUCAACAGGAGCACGAGAAUGAGCCGCUCAUGCCAGGUGUUGCGUUUCCCCUUGUGAAGGUAAAUUAGAGGGAUUAAAUUAACUAACGAUAUGGUGUGCAUGUCUGUGCGUGUAGAGUCAGUAGGUGUGGUUGCGCUACGACUUCAGACAGAUUCCGUAUUGUAAGUGAAGGGGAAACCUCACUCACUCUGUAUUGCCAAUGCCUUUAGGCCUAGAUGCAAUUUCUGUAAUCCAUCCAGAAUAGUGUUUUGCUCAGAAUUACAACAGCCAAUGUUGUUUCCUACUGUUAUUCACCAUCCAUACAUGAAUGCAUGAAUUACACUUUGGCAGGUUAUUCUUGUUCUUCCCCUAUUCAAGCUGCUCUACACUCUUAGAAGUAAAGGUGCCUGGAAGAACCUUUUGGGUUGACACACCUGCAGAGGGUUUCCUUGAGGAACCCCUCUGAAAAGGUUAUUCGAGGAACCCCUGUGUAAAGGUUUGAAAAUGAACUUUUUUGUGAUGGGAGGGGUUACAUUUUGAGCUUUUUUGAUAAUAUAUUGUAGAGUUGGCAGCCUAUCAGAUUGGAGGUGUGGCUUAUUGGAGGCGUGGCUUUCAGAUUUUUUGUCACCGUAAGCAUAAAUGCAAUUCCUGUUCGUCAUGUUAAGUUUGUACACUGCAAAUUAAAAUGUUCCUUGAUAUUAUAUAUUUUAAUAUAAUGUUAGUAAUAUUAACAUUGCGGAUUAUAAACAGUAAUAAAGUGGUAACUAUUAGUGAUGUUACGUUUGAUACCGGAACUUUGAGGCAUGCGUUGAAAUCGCUAAGCAGUUUACUUCGAAGCAGUGUGCUGACGCCUGUAUCACUUUAUCAGAAGCAUGUGAUCAAUUAAGUCUGAAGCUUUGUUUUGUCAAACAACCAGCUGGUUGGUUUGGUAUUGGUUUCAGUAGAAAACCAAAAGGCUACCCUGCACACGCGCUACGGCGUGUGGGACUUUAUAACAGGGUUCAUCAACUAGAUUCAGUCCCGGACCUAUUUUUUUUUUAACGGAUGGUCAUGGGUCCGGAACAUAAUUACAAAUAAUUUGUAGACGGAAAAUGUACAGCAAGAAGCACAAAAAUAGAUAUUUCACUGAAACAUAAUCAUUUCAAACCUUAAUUACAUUUGUAUACAAUCACAUACAGUAUAUCUCGCAUUAUGCGUAAGAAUAUUAUGAACAGAUUUCUAAAAUUAAAAUCACUUGGAGCUGAUUUGCUGUUGUUUUUACAGUCUUUUAUGUAAAAAAACAACACCAUGUAAAAAUGUUUAUUUCUUGCUCAGAAAAUUGGGGCCCAAAUAAUAUCAAAUGCGGGCCAAAUUUGACCCACGGGCCGCCAGUUGGGGAUCCCGGAUCUAUAAUAAUUUGGCUGCUAAUUAAUUAUUUUGACCAGAAGGUGUCAGUAGUGUUCACUGUAUUGAUCAAAGCCUCAAGUAAUGGACCUAUUUUCAAAACAAUUGGCUGGAAAUCCUCAAUGCUUCAGGAAGCUUCAUUUCCCCAUCACUAGUACCUAUUCCAGUUGGUCUAGUCUAGUCCACACCAGUCAGGUUGUAGUUGGUCUAGUCUAGUCCACACCAGUCAGGUUGUAGUUGGUCUAGUCUAGUCCACUCCAGCCAGGUUGUAGUUGGUCUAGUCUAGUCCACACCAGUCUGGUUGUAGUUGGUCUAGUCUAGUCCACACCAGUCAGGUUGUAGUUGGUCUAGUCUAGUCCACACCAGCCAGGUUGUAGUUGGUCUAGUCUAGUCCACACCAGUCAGGUUGUAGAUGGUCUAGUCUAGUCCACACCAGUCAGGUUGUAGUUGGUCUAGUCUAGUCCACACCAGUCUGGUUGUAGUUGGUCUAGUCUAGUCCACACCAGUCAGGUUGUAGUUGGUCUAGUCUAGUCCACACCAGUCAGGUUGUAGUUGGUCUAGUCUAGUCCACACCAGUCAGGUUGUAGUUGGUCUAGUCUAGUCCACACCAGUCAGGUUGUAGUUGGUCUAGUCUAGUCCACACCAGUCAGGUUGUAGUUGGUCUAGUCUAGCACACACCAUUCCGGUUGUAGUUGGUCUAGUCUAGUACAUACCAGCCAUGUUGAGUGAUUGUUUCUUAAUCCCUGUGUCAAUUAUGUCUUAAAAAAACACACUCUCUCACACACUCACACACUCUCUCACACACACACACAUACACACACACUACAGGCUCUGAUGAUGGUGAACUCCAGACUGAGGCAGCUCUACCCCGACAGUAAGGAGCUGUUUGAUAUCGUCCUGAUGACUAGUAACCCCACCCAGGUCAGGGGGCGCCUCAUCAACAGUACCAACUACCAUGGUCCGUAAAACACGCCUACAACACGCCUACAACACGCCUAAUGCUCUGUAAAGCGUACUGCAAUGUUACAGCCACGCCUACAAUGUUAUAAAACACACCUGUUUUGGAAUGUAUGUUGAUGUUUCAUUAAAUGAUUGGACAUCCAAUUUUAAGCUGUUCUUUUGACCAAAUAUGUUGUUUUUAAUGUUUAUAUGCCUGUUGUUCAUGAUAUGUAGUGGCAAUCUUUGGCUACCAGCCUGAUGACUAUACCAUCACAUUUCUAUGAGUUUCUGAUAAAAAACAAUGGUUCCCUCUACCUAACAGGUUUAACCAUUGAGAGAUUCUUUAUGACGGGAGGGCAAAGCCCCAUUGGCUAUCUAAAUGACUGCAUGACCAACCUGUACCUCUCCAAGGAUGGAGACAAAGUCACAGAGGCCAUUGAGGAGGGUAGGUGGUGAUGCUACUGGUUUAGGAUGGACUGGUUUAGGUUAGCAUGGAUGCUAAGUCCAAAACUGUAGAUUACAUUGUGGUAACACUUUAUAGUGUAGCCUACAUAUAUAAUGCAUGGAUGAUGCUGUUAUAAUGGGUUGUGACUAGAUGGUGUACAGCCAAGGAUGAGUUUACAAUUGAACUACCAUGAGAGUUUGGUCUUAAUUUUGGAGAGGAUGAGGAUUUCACUGUUGGUUUUACACACAACAUAAUUGUACAGUUUCAGUUAAUAAAACUGACGAUUGUUUAUUUUUGAUGAAAGUACUGAUGAUGAGUGUACUGUUGCUUGUAUGCGUGUGCUUCCUGUAACUGUCACCUCCUGAUGUCAUCCCCGUCACACUAGGUAGCUAGCUACAGUAGUUCCCGCAGUAGUUGCAGGAUGAAGGACAAUGUGUCCCGGUGUUGUUGCCGUUCAUGUUCACCCCAUUGGGUAGACUGAAUCACGGUAACAUCUAGACGCUUACCAAUAUGAAUUAUUUUAGUAGGAGACUAAAAUCCUAUAAAAAAAUUAUUACAAAUUGGUCACGUUAUACUAGCUACCACCGGCGACACCGUGAAAAUACAGCUGCCGAGUAGGAAGCACCUCACGUCGGCAAGCACAACACCGGCGUGCCUUGUUGUCGUGAUUAGCUAAUUGGCAUGUCAAGGUGACAUCCAUAUGAACACUAGCUGUCAUCACAGAUGAAUGGAGAAACCAGUUAGUUAAAAGUAUAUUUACUGUUCUCGCCUAGCGACUCAUAGCUAACCCCAUACAGAACCAAUAGCUAGCUGUUGGCAUAGCAACAAAACCCGCCAAAUCGCACUGCGAGAGAAUGACGAUUUUUGCGUCACUUUCAUCCGUAGCUGUACAUAACCGUUGUAAUGGUUUGUAAGACCUGUUAUGAGCAUGUAUAACCCCCUUACCAUGUCUUAUAAACAGGCAUUGCUGCAGCGACCAUGUUUACUUCUGGAGAUGAGGAGAACCAGCUGUCUGACACACAGCUGAAAGUAGCUUUUGACGGGGAUGGUGUCCUCUUCUCUGACGAGUCUGAGAUCAUAUUCAAACAACACGGCCUGGACAGGUUCAUUGAGCACGAGAUGAAAUUUGAGGACACACCUCUUCCAGAGGUGAUCAUGAGAUGACUCUAUUUUAUGUUAGAUUUUAACAUGGUCGUUUGUGUCAGAUUUCCUUGAUUUCCUUUACUCCCUAUAGAGGGGUUAUAGAUGUUCAACUAACUAGCAACAAACAUUUUAACUAACUAUCCCACUAUCCCUAAACCUAGACCUAACCCUUUCCUUAUACCUACCAAAGUGUUGCAUAUCAACAUUGGCAGUUAAUAUCUUGGUGAUCGUUUGAGCAUAUAAAGACUAAUAAAGUGGAACACUAUUGGUGUAUUAUUUGCUUUGAUUUUGGACAAAAGUAAAAAUAAUACUAUGCCAACCCUAUGACUCAUUCAUUCACUCAGGGUCCCUUGAAGUGUUUCCUGGAGGCGCUGGUGAAGCUCCAGAGAAAGUUCAAGAAUGAACGUGAGAACUGCCCCAUUCGUACCUACCUGGUAACAUCCCGCGGAGAAGACUGCGGGGGGGCCCGUGUCCACAAGACCCUCAGGCUCUGGGACCUGGAGAUCGAUGACAUCCGGUUCCUAAAAGGGGCCCCCAAAGGUCCCGUCCUGCAGGAGAUCCAGCCCCACAUAUUCUUCGACGACCAGAUGGUACACAUCAAUGCGGCCAUAGAGGUGGGGACCAUCGCUGCACACGUGCCUUAUGGGGUCGGUUAG